ACAAUAACGUGUCGGGGGGUGUGGCAGUGAUGGAGAGCAGCGGGAUCAGGAGGGACGGAGGGAUGGAAAAGGAGGUGGGAUUUGCAAACCGGAUAGCGCGGUGACAUCAUCUUGGAAAAAUGUGUGUGCGCGAGUGUCUGCGAAACAACGGUAUCAGACAGCGCGUGUGACCGGGAACGACAACCGAGAGAGAGAGAGAGAGAGAGAGAGAGAGAGAGAGAGAGAGAGUACAGAAAAGGCGUUUCCAUCAACGAACCGGCAAAACUGUUUAUCCAGACAACCGGACGGACGGAUAGAACUUGCCUGGAACAAAAACAAAGCACUUAUCCACACUAGCCAAUAGAAUUUCGCCAUAACAAUUGCUUUUGUAAUCGCUUUUAUAUGUUUAUAAAAUAAGAUCCAUCACUAGACGGCGUCCCAGAGCUGACAACAUCCUAAACCAACUAGCCUACAUUCUGGAUAGAGGAGCUGAGUGAAGAAGCCGAUUUUGCAGCGAGAUUGUGCGUCAAUCGAAUACAAAUCACAUUUUGAUAACUGGUAGAGAAGUGAACACUAUCUCACCCACAGAACAGGGCAUCUCUCUUCGCGGACUCAUAGCCUACACAAAGCCCGGGACCAUGUCGGAGUACAGCUCUUUGCUCAGUGACCUGUCUGAGAACAUCACCAACGAGGACUUGGACCAACUCAAGUCAGCCUGCAAGGAGGACAUCACAGAGGACCAGAGCAACACAAUCACCUCCUCCAAGGAGUGGUUCAACUACCUGGAGAAAAACGAAAAGCUGGCACAGGAUAACCUGUCGUACAUCGAGCACAUCUUUGAGAUCUCACGACGACCAGACCUGCUGACCCGGGUCAUUGAGUAUCGCACCACCGUACUCAAGAUCUCUGAGGACGACGAGAUCGACACCAAGCUCACACGCAUCCCCUCUGCCAAGAAAUACAAAGAUAUCAUUCGCCAACCCUCUGAAGACGAGAUCAUCAAGUUGGCCCCUCCCCCUAAAAAAGUGUGAGGUCAUCACCCCUGACCUUUGCACAUUGACCCCUGGCACUCCAACCAUCUCGACCCCCCCCCCCCCUCACCCCCGUUCCACUAACAGACACCACAUGACACAGAGACUAGCAGCCCCUCUCCAAUUAACCAAUCAGAUCGCCACGAUGCUUCGCUGCCACGUCUGCCGCGAUCGCCUCUUCCCUGACUGAAGGAGGAGGAGAAGACGAGCUCAAGAUGAGAGAAAGAUGGAGAGAACAAAAAAGAGAAAGAAAGAAAGACAGAGCCAAAGCUAAAAUCCUAGCCCUCUUUGUUAAAAGAAGUGUGGGUUAGUUUGUGUUCCUGUAACACUGUUUUGAGAAAACGUGUGUACAUGUGUGUGUGUGUGUGUGUGUGUGUGUGUGUGUGUGUGUGUGUGUGUGUGUGUGUGUGUGUGUGUGUGUGUGUGUGUGUGUGUGUGUGUGUGUGUGUGUGUGUGUGUGUGUGUGUGAGUGAGUGAGUGAGUGAGUGAGUGAGUGAGUGAGUGAGUGAGUGAGUGAGUGAGUGAGUGAGUGAGUGAGUGAGUGAGUGAGUGAGUGAGUGAGUGAGUGAGUGUGUGAGAGUGUGAGAGAACCGUUCCAGUUCGACCUAGAUGUUGCAGGAAAAGCACCAUUAUAUCAGAUCCAGUAGUUACAUCUCCUGUGUUGGGUCAUUAGAAUGAACCUGUUGUCAUUAGUUACAUACUGUAGAUGUGCAAACAUAUUAUUCAGUCAAUCUUGCAGUGCACUUGAAUUGCUAUAUCACUAAGGGGCAAAUCCUAACUUCAGUCCAAUGUUCACUUAGUCAUGCAUUGGGAUACUAAGUGAAAAUGUGACUUAAGUGGAAGUUAGAAAUCCACUUAACUUAGCAUUAUGCAUUGCUUUAUCAGAGUUGAGCAAGAGGACGCCUAUAAUACAGGUGUCAUAUUCCCUUUAUUCAAAACUCGGAUGACAUCAGAUCAUUGGAUUUUAAAAAGUAUUUUGUUAGAUAGUCUUUAAAAAAAAAAGCCAAUAUUUGCCUUUAGACCAGCCAUAGCAUGGAAUUAUCGAAGAAGAAAAUGUUAUGAUAUUAAGUUUAUGUAUUCGGUAAUUCAACGUUAAUCAAAUGUUAUCGCUUAAACAGUCACACUUAUUUACCCUCAUUGUGAUUUUACACAGAGAUUCCAAUGCUCCUUUGCUGCGAAAUCUUAUAAUAAAAAGACAACUUAUUGUAAAAACGUAUACAAAAUUAUUAUAUUGAUCAACUUAAAACACUUUAUGAAGCAGUAUAUGAACUAUAUGAUGUGAAAAAAAGUCAACAAUAUAUUUUAUAUCCUUAUAAAAUAUAUUUAAAUGUUUGUUGUUUUUAUAUAGUUAAUAUAGUGCUUCAUGUGGUGUUGAUCAAUAUAAUAAUUUUGUAUAUGUUUUAUCAUACGCAUUUACAAUAAGGUUUACCUAUAAACGUAACUAUUUUACUCGAUAACAACAGCAACAAAAAUGUUUAUUGGACAGUUACUUUACUUUAGUGGCAGGGCCUCUAGACAAUUUUCUCCAGUGCCAAGUCAGACACCUGAGAUGGUAGCCUAUGAUUAAAAAAGUAAGCUAUUUCAUCUAACAUAUCAAGGAAAUGCAGGAUGGAUAUUUUGAUGUGCAACCUGUCAAAAUAGGAUCCAGAAUUAUCCGAUAGAUUAUUGGCUCUUCAGAGAAUUUGCCGAUAUCUAUGUGCAUAUUGGCGUAUAAACUAUUAUUCACCACCUGAGGAAGUGGGAACUCAAAACACUUAACCAUGGAGGCUAAUUGAUUAAUCUAUCAGUAAAUGCAGGCUAAUGUUCUACAAAAACCUUUCCAGCGCUAGACUAGGCUACUUGAUGUAAAGCCUAUUCACUGCAAAUGGCGCACUCGGCUCCGCUACGCGGGUGCAUCAAAACCAUACUUACUACAGCCCACUGCGGUUGUAAAGUAGGGCCGUGAACUCAUUGUUUAGAGGUACAUGAUAUACUCACAGAAAGCUGUGACUCUCCUCUCUGUAACUAAAAUAACAGUAGUUGCUUGUAUUUCUCGCAAUAGCCUUUUGAGCAACAGUCAUAUGCUUGUGCUUCUCUGAAUGCAUUUCUUCCUCCUCUGUGCGCAGUGGGGAGAUGGAGUGAGAGUCAGCAGCCGACAACGAAACAGGGACAGGGCAAAUACUUUCAUAAGUAGGAAUUAACAUAAUGUAUAGGCUAUUACAGUUGACACAAUAAUGGUUUUAGAACAAUCUACAUGAACGUUCUGUAUCAAAAUCACAGAAAAGGACCGACGUAAGUCCAAAUGUUUCGGUAAGAGGAAAGCAAUGUCGGUGUGGGCAACUUUCGGUUUUGUCGUCCCAUCUUCAAAAUAUAUAAACAUUUGUCUUUCUGCUCAGACAAUGCCACUCGGAAUUCCAGCCGAAUAGUUUUUCAGGACGUAAAACAACUGACCAAUCACAGAGCAGGGAAGACGACUGCUUCUGAAAGGAAAUGUAAGGAAAGAACAAAAUGGCAGAAAAAAAACAAAGUAGAUUAUAUAAAUCAAUGAUAUACAGUCAAUUGUUCAUUAAUCUCCUUUGUGAAAUGCCCAAGUACUGCAUGAGUCAUCAAUAAACACACAACAGUCAACUACACUCUGAAUAAUCUCAUCCCUAAUCCCUAACACAUUUUGAGCUGUCUCAGCCAUUGUACAUCAAUAAAAAUAAAAAAAUCAAGACUGUUGAUUCAAAUGAAAUAAUUACUCAUUUACGUAUAUUUACACUGUGUUUCAUCCCUAUGAAGAAGCCUUAGCAGAAUUGGUGUAUGUGACAACUAAUGUGUCAAAUGUGAAAAUGUAUGUGUUCAAGUGUGGUUGCACCCGCACACCAGUGGAGACUUGCUGAGGGGAGGACGACUCAUAAAAAUGGCCAGAUUGGAGUAAAUAGAAUGGCAUCAAACACGUUGACUCCAUUAAAGUCCGUUCCAGACAUUAUCAUGAGCCGUCCUCCCCUCAGCAACCUCCACUGGCGCACACAUCAAGUUCAGUCUCACGCGUAAAGAAGGGGACUAUAUUGUAAGUUUGCUGAGCACUUCGCGAGUGGUCUGUGUAGAUGUCUGCUAAACUAAAGGGUCUAGGCAGGGACAGUGAUCACCUGUGUGUGAGCUUAAGGCUCCCGGGGUUUCCUGAGCCGAAUGGAACCUUUUCCGAUGUCCUAAGAGCUCAGAAACACUUACACACAGACCUUUCUAUAAUUGUAUAGACACAGCACAAUGGCCACCACUUUCUCUGGAAAAAGAACCUAAAAAACAACACUUUUCUCUCCUAUAACCCCUACCCUCACCUCUCCCCCCAUUCCCUCUUUCCCUCCCCCCAGUGCCAAUGACCAAGCCUUUUAUUUAGAUCGCAGAUUUCGUGAUCUGUUUUUGUAUUGCUCGCCGUUUAUCGUAGUGUUGGAACUGAUUUGUAUCCUAUGCAUUUAACUUUAUUUGUUAUAUACGCCUCCGCAUUAUGUAGACCAGGGCCUGUAUUCACAAAGCGUCUCAGAAAAGGAGCCCUGAUCUAAGAUCAGCCCCCCCCCCCCCCCCCCCCCUGUUUAUAUAAUUGUAUUCAUUAUAAUCUAAAAGGCAAAACUGAUCCUAGAUCAGCACUCCGAGUCAAAGACUCUUCAUGCAUACCGAACUAAGUCAAAAAGAGUAUUGUAAGUAUGUUCAGAGCAUUUGUAUUAAGGUGAACAGCCAAGCAAGUCACCCGUUCAAAGCCAGCACCCCUUUAUAGUGAAGCGGUGGCUGCUGCUAACAAACCAUGUGCUGAAAUGUGUUAUUUGAUCCGAGAUAUGUUGCUAGGGGCAGCAUUAAAGUAUGGUUAUAAUCAGGGUUCGGUUAACCUGAUCCUGGAUCUGUUGCUAGGGAGAAGGAGUACAGUAUUGCAGGCAACGGCACUCAGUUGUACUUAACCGCUAUGAUCUGUGGGUGCUGGUCGACAGGGUAGGUAGGAAGGUAGGUGCUCGUCUUGCUGGGGAGUUUGCGUCAGACGACCAUUGUAGAUCCUCUUAGGCCUACUAUCGCACUAACCACUUACAGAGUUCUGGAGAUAAACAUAGGAAUUGUCCUUACUGUAAAACUUUGGGGGGGAAAUGUUUUUUUUUUUUUAUCAAUUCUUUGGUGUAGAUUCUUAUGAGGAUCACAAGGGAGGUGUUUUCUUGUUUGUUUUUGUCUUGUUUUUGUUUUGCGUGUUGUUGUUGUUGUUUUUUCAUGCUUACAGUAUGUAGGGAAUUGUGAAUCUCGGUGUUUGUGUACAAGUGACCAUUUUUUCAAGUCAGAAUUCCAUUAUAGGUCAUGGACUGUGUCAUGUUAGCAUUUGUGUGGUAGAAUAUCAGUAGAGAAAUGGAUAAACCUUACACACAUACACACACAAACACUCAUAAUACAAAUCAAUGGCCAGAUACCAAUAAGGAUCAACCUUCACUUUACAACAUUCAAAUUAUUCUCAUGUCUAAACACAUAUGUAUUUGGUUAUCCACGUUUGUUUGAUUGCAGCUACUGUAUAUACAUAUUUCUAUAUUCCAACUCACACCCAGAAAAAUCAUUCAAGCGAUGAGGAAGUUGCCAUAUUCGUUACUAAGAAUGCAAACCCCUUUACCUGUGAAAAGGUGGAAUGAAAACCGCUUUUCAUUCCACCAUACCCUUUUCUCUCCCCCCCCCCCCCCCCCUUUACCCUUUGUCUCCCCCCCCCCCCCCCCCCCCCCAUGAAUCAGCCUAUCUAUCAAGUGUUCUAUAUCUAUGGUAAAACUCUCAAUAGGGUCCAACACAUGGCGCUCGGUGUGGAUUUGAUAUAUUUCUUAUUGGUUAGAAGUCACGUGUAUGACAUCGCUGUGCUUUUUAUGUGGCCAUUGGCACAAAUAAUAACAACAUGUCACUCACAAAUGAUGUCAAUUUGGAAUUCCGUGUACCAAUUACAUAUCAAGUUACGAAAGAAUGCUGCAAAAAAAUGUGUAUUAGAAAAAUUAUAAAAUCUAAGUCAAAAAUAAACAUAGCCUAUAUGACAAAUAUAUAUGUAACAAUAUAACCAAGACAUACAAUAGACCUAAAAAUUAAUGAUCAUUUUAAGACGUAAGACAAAGCUAACCGUUAUAGAGAGCUCAUCAAACUACAAUUCAAAUUCAAACUAUUCAAGCUACAGGAGUUUGACUUUUCCCUUUAUCCCUUCGUUUACAUUCAAUAUACUGAAGUUAUGAUUGAAGGGAUUUUUACAGUAGUUAAUUUUCCUAUGUUUACUUUUCAAUUUUUGGGGGAUUAAGUUGUACAUAUAUAUGAUGAAUUUAUAUCAAUAUGUUGGUUUCGUAAUGGAUUAAUUUAUUUUAUGCCAAUGUAUUGUUUGUUUUUGUAUUUUUUAAGUAUUCUGAUAUGUUCACUAAAUGGGGUAAAAACGUGUCACUUAUCUGAUAUUAAGUAAGGAUUGAUCAGAGACCACACUUCAAUUUAGAUUUUAAUCUCUGUAUCUCUAUCCAUGUUUUUAUCUUUAAAUAUGGAGUUAGGGGUUUCGUUGUUUUUAUUAAGUUAGGAGAUAUAACCAUCCUUCCUUAAAAAAAAAAACAGAUUGUAUUCUAUUAUUGUAUUUAAUUUGUCUUCUUAUCAUCGGAUGUAUUUUACAACACACACGCCAACUACACAAACUGUUAUCCAGACAGUUGCUAAAUUGCAACAGGAUAUCCAUUGUGAUUAUCUCUUCACGUCAUUUGUUGUUGUUUUUCAUUGUGGUUGUUUUUAUUGGAUUAUUGUCUUUGUUUUUGAUAGAGAUGCUUUUGUUUGUUGUGCCGUGAAAUGUAACUAUCUGAAAGCAGGCCGCUGGGUAGAAAAGUCUCACUCAGAAGAGUUUGUUCCAUUCCUGUUCAUUUUCUUUUUUUUUCUAGCUGUGGAAAAAAAGUGUUGAUUUGCAGUUGUGAUAGAGAGGUAGAGGAGGGAUGAAUUUGGAGUCAGUGCAGUGUAGCAGUAGAUGAAAACCCAGGCCCAAAUUACACUAAUUGCAAAUCAAAUCAUUUCCCUGAGACUAACAACUUGCUAAGUUUAUCGGUUUUAACAGGUUUCAACUGGUUAGCCGCUCACAAUUCCAACAGUGUUAACGUAGUAUGUGAACCUGCAUUGUGAAUUCCUUUAUCUAAUGUAGAUUGAAUUUGGAGCCUGAGUUGGAUUUGAAGUGGCUGGUGAACUAUACAUUACAAAGGUCUUAAAGAAUAAGUUAAUUACUUUACAACUUAAUGUUUGAUGGUUCCUUAUCCAUUACAGUUUAUCCUGGCUCAUAGACUACGUUCAUGGUAAGGAACCAUUCGACAUUAAGUAGCAAAAUGACAAACUUAUCCUUUAAGGUGUUGAAUGUUUUCAGGACUCACACAUGAUGCUGUAUAGUAGGCUAGAGAGGUUGUGUUGAGUAUUUUUAUGUGGAGUUUUGUGUGCUUGGCAAGAAGUUAGUGAGGUUGGGGAUUUUGAAUGUCUAAAGUUGGAAGAUAUUUGUACAGCAGAAACAACAUUGACAAACAUAUAUAUUUUCACGUUCAUUGCGUGACAGAAAGAGUGAAAGAGCAAAAAAUCAAUUGAAAUUGUGACCAUGCAUUUUUAAAGCAUGACUAUUCAACCUUCUAGCACUAAAUAGCAAAAUGUGACGUGACAAUUUUCAAAUAAACAUUUACAUUAAUAUGCACAAGAAGCAAGCUUUCACACCAUAUAGUAAAAGUGCCAACUUUAUAGUUUAGUUGCAAAACCGCUAGGGAGGCGGAUGGGAGACUUGACAAAUCCUGAUGCUUGUAUGUGCUGUUAACAUGACAGAAUAAUAAAAACAAGUGUACAGUAUGUGUACUGAACAAUCUCUCAGAGGCUACGUCCCGAAAUCCACACUGGCGUACUAUUUAGAAUGCAGCAGUAUGUAUGCUAGUGUGGAUAUCGGGAUGGAGACUCUUUAUUUUAGACGGAAGUUGAAGGCCGUUUUUUGGUGGCUGUAAGAAGCCAUUUUCAGUGUGUGUUUUUGCAGUAGAGACUAGCUAGCAGCAUUUGUUGUGCCGUGUUUUAAGGUGCUCUGCGAGAGGUGAGUUCAACAAGGCGAACCGUAUGCGAAUGUUUGCUAACAGAAGCUAACACGUUCCAUUUGGUUUGUGCCAGCUGGAAACGUUUGCUAACAUUAACAGUCUAAAAAGGUAGUGUGCAGUAAACAUAUUAAGAGUCUGUUUUUGGUCUAAACUUUUUAAAAAGUGGCUAUUUGCGGCUUCACUGUUACAGUUUUGAAUGUUUAUUGUUCAACUGAGAUUAUUACUAGGUAUUCUAACAUUGUUGAACUCCCCUCAGGUCGGUGUCAGGGCCAUAUAUUUAGAGAGUUUGGACAUUGUGUUUCUAUAAUGCACUUAUAUUCCAUAUGGCAGUCAUGUUAGCUCCCCAUUAUUACAUUGGCAAUAUUGAGUUCAUUGAAUUUCUGACAUUUUAAACAAUGCUAUAUCUAACUGAACAUCUAGAAUUACAAUUACAAUCCAAACGCUCAUCAUGAAUGGAUAAAUGGAAUACUUGAAAGCACUAUGCAUUCUAACGGUUGGCCGAACUCUAAAUAUAUGACGCUGGUCAGUGUUAAUCAGCGUAACUGCAGUGGUGUGGUCCCGUCAACGUGAGUAGAGGUCAUCAUCGUAAGGUCACGAGUCAUGACGUUCCUGUGCUUGGUUAAGGAUAGACUAGGGUCUAUGUCCUAAUAAUAUCGCCUUUCUUCUGAAGUGUACACUGGUCACUACUUCCCACACAUACGUAAAUGCAUUCUAUGUAGCUAGGUAUGGGCUAGCUAGAGGGAGUUUCCACCAUAUUUCCUAUAACAGCUAUUUCCUUUCAAAGCAGUGAAGGGAAGUGUACAAGUGCACACUUUGGGUGGAAGGAGAGGUAAUUGGGAUGUAGCCUAGAUAUAGGCAUCUAACCGUUUGAUUUUACCAUGAAGGAACUUUAGAUUUCCGGCAAGAAGUAGCCUAUCUAAAUACAUGAUCAUGAUCAUGUCCCCCUAUUCAUAAUUUUGACCCUCAGAAGUGAAGAAAAGUAAGAGAAGGUAUUUCUUAAUGGAUCACUGCAUAUCAUAUCUGGGUGUUGGAAAGUGUUGUUUUUAUGAACCUGUUUAAAUAUGACAUCACAGACUGAGACUGAUUUCACUGAGCCACAACACAAUAGGCCACUAUGUUCUUAGUGAGUAAGUUCAAAAGUAUUAGUCAACCUGCGAUACCUUGCAUACUGUAGUACACAUAAGCAUUAACGGAACCGCAACAUCUCCGUGGUAAGAAAACAUUUGAUAAAUGCAGGUCAAAGGUCAGGUUUCCUCUGAUUAGCCAAUGAAAUGGUCUCAAUCUUACCAAAAUGACAGGAUGUUGCAUCAGUCUGAAGGAGUUGCUUGUCUUGAAGCUCUGUUCUCACCGUGUGGUAAAGAGGAUGGCCGCAUUCCAAACCGACUAGAUAGCAGACAUCUUCCAGAUCUCACGACUGGAUAGGUGUAUAACAAUUAACUAACCACAUCAUAUGAUAGCAAUUUAAUGCCCUACUGCGUACUCGAUGACGUAGCACAGAACCAUUGGUUGAUACAAUUCAAUGCCUGCAAUGUACUCGGCCUGGAAAGCAAACUAUUACAACUACAUCCACACCUUGCAUUGUUAUCAUAUCUCCCACUGGAUGCCAUAGGCUAUAUGCUGUUAGGUUUUAUUAGAAUUCUUAUUUUACAGGACCAAGAAAAAAAAGAAGGAUUUAUGACAGCAACAAAUAAAUAAAUAAAAUAUAAGGUAUUACAAUAUGUAUUAAAAUAAAUACCGACCUACAGAUGUGGCUUUUGUCCUGAUUUACAUGAGACUAAACUGAAAUGAUGCCAUUUUGUCAUUGUGCUAAAAUUAUUAUAAAUAUUAUAUUAUAUAUUAAAAUAUAUUUGCUAACCUA